GCGGGAACCGGCGCGGUCUCUGUUCCAGCGCGAGCCUCACCAACCACCGUGCGCGCGGAUCCGCAGGCUCGCGCUGGCGGCCUGAGAGAGCUCGCGCGGAGCCCAGACACUGCGCCUGCGCCGCGGCGGAGACUAGUCUCUACCGGGUCCGCUCCUCUCCGACAUCCCGGCAACGCCGACUUCUCACCCCUUUGAGCCGCUUAACCAGGGCACUCUUCUGCCCGCUCUUGGCUAGGCCUCGUUGCUCUAGUGCGGCCUUCAGGUCGGUCACCCGCAGCGCCUGAAGAGGCUUCCCGUCCAGAGUCACCUCCUCCAGCUCCGCCAUCUUGCGUGAGGUACUCGGGUCCGUCCCGACGGCUUCGGGCAUCUUCGGUAAUUUCCGCCAACGCCCUUCGAACGUACCGAGCUGACCCCGCCCACUGCCAUAGUCUACCCCUCGAUUACCACUGAAAGCUCCCCGGAUUUUUCCGGAACUGCUCGGGUGUUUCCGUCUUCACAUCGGCCCCAAUCGGUUCUUUCCAUCUGCCCUGCCGCUUUUCCUCCCUCACCCUGCUUUCAAGCUCGGUUAUCUCCGCCUUGCCGAGGCUUUGAACCGAAUCUGUUCGGAAGCCCUCGACUCUGGCAUGCCCAUAAUCGGAGAUAUUCGGCUUUCUACGGUCUUGGAGCUGAAGCGCUGGGGCUCUUGGGUGUUUGGGGCUGGUUCGGGACCGGAAGUGCGUGGGCUGCCGGGCUGGCCCUGUUUAAGAUUUUCAGGAAAUAUGGAAGCGGCGGCGGUAGUUGGAGUCAAAGAACUCUUGUGACAAUCUCCGGGUGUUCUCUGAGACUCCGGGAGGAUGCCACUGGAAUCAUCUUCCUCUUCAAUGCCGCUAUCCUUCCCUUCUCCAUUACCCUCAGUUCCAGACAAUAUUACCAACUCUUCCCCUCCCCCAAUGUCUUACAUCACUUCCCAGGAGAUGAAAUGUAUUCUUCAUUGGUUUGCCAGUUGGUCAGGUCCCCAGCGUGAACGUUUUCUACAGGACCUGGUAGCUAAGGCAGUGCCGGGAAAGUUACAGCCAUUGUUGGAUGGUCUGGAGCAGCUUAGUGUAUCUGGUGCAAACCGACCACCUUGUAUCUUUGAAUGCCAGCUACGUCUUUGGGAUCAGUGGUUUCGAGGUUGGGCUGAGCAGGAACGCAAUGAAUUUAUCAGGCAACUGGAGAUCAGUGAACCAGACUUCGUGGCAAAGUUUUACCAAGCAGUGGCUGCUACAGCUGGUAAGGAUUGAUAGACGUUCAGAUCAAAGAAGAUAACCACAGCUGGUAAAGUCAAGACCAUCUCUCCACAGUGACUCAGUUCAAAUGUGUCACUUAAAGAUUUGGGGGUGGUAUCUAAAAGAGCUGACUGAACUUGAGAUGAGCAUAGGCAUGGUUAUUUCAACAUUAACAGAAUGUCAUCUGGAUUCCUAGUGAAAAUCUUGUCCAUUAAGCAAAUCCAAAUCACAUCAUUCUCCUAGUUUGCUUCCUUCCAAGAGAGGUCAAAACCUCAUAAAUGUAAUGACUUUGGCUACUGUAACCAAAAGGAAUCUCCAUGUUAUAACUCAAAUCUGCUGGCUCAUGAAGGAUAUAAAGUAGAACUCUUUUUCCAUAAAAACAGGAAAGAAGAACAAGAAAAGUAUUAUUUUGUGGGGAAGGUAAUGGGAAUUGAACCCUGUGUUGUUCUACCACUAGGCUACAUUCCCAGCACCCCCGCCCUUUUUUUUGAAACAGGGUCUUGCUAGGUUGCUGAGGCUGGCCUCAAACUUGCAAUUUUCUUGCCUCGGCUUCCCAAGUUGCUGAGAUUAUGUGCAUGUGCUACCAUACGUAAGGAAAGAUAUUUUAUAGUCUGGUGGGAUUCUGAUUUUACCACCCUUCCCAUACUCUUAACAUAAUUAUGUGACAUCCCAACCACUGGGUCUCCCAGUGAUGAUUUAGUAAAAUUAUGGAAAAUUAGGAGAGGAUAAUAAUUGGUUACUCCUUCCUUCACACUGUUUGAAAUAUCCCUAAAUAGCAAUGAAAAGUGAUAAAAUACCAAAUUUAAUAAACUUUCUAUAAAACACACAUGAUAUUUUGGAGUUGGUAGCAGAUGUUCCUAUUCUGUUCUAUUACUCUACAAUAGUAUAAAAAUAUCUGGGUGUGGUGGUACACACCUGUAAUCCCAACUAUUAAGGAGCCUGAGGCAGGAGGAUUGCAAGUUCCAGACCAGCUUCAGCGACCUCUUACCUUGUCUCAAAAAAUAAAA